ACAGCGGAGGAAACCCUGUGCCGCCGCGAGCCGCCAUCUUGGAUAGGUAGAUCCUACUUGAGCCAGGAUAACCCGCAAAACAACUCGUCCUAAUCACUCCACUUUCCGGUUUCAAACUUCAUUCCUGAGCCACAAUGGCCACCGCACCGUACAACUACUCCUACAUUUUUAAAUACAUCAUCAUUGGCGAUAUGGGGGUAGGCAAGUCAUGUUUGCUUCACCAGUUCACAGAAAAGAAAUUCAUGGCCGACUGCCCCCACACCAUCGGCGUCGAGUUCGGCACGAGGAUCAUCGAGGUGAGCGGCCAGAAAAUCAAGCUGCAGAUCUGGGACACGGCCGGACAGGAGCGCUUCCGGGCCGUGACGCGUUCGUACUACCGCGGCGCGGCCGGAGCGCUGAUGGUCUACGACAUCACCAGGAGAAGCACGUACAAUCACCUCAGCAGCUGGUUGACCGACGCCAGAAACCUCACCAAUCCCAAUACGGUGAUCAUCCUCAUAGGAAACAAGGCGGACCUGGAAGCCCAGAGGGACGUCACGUACGAAGAAGCAAAACAGUUUGCCGAGGAGAACGGUCUCCUCUUCCUGGAAGCCAGUGCAAAAACGGGCGAAAAUGUGGAGGACGCCUUCUUGGAGGCGGCCAAGAAGAUCUACCAGAACAUCCAAGAUGGCAGCCUGGACCUUAACGCCGCAGAGUCGGGCGUUCAGCACAAGCCGUCAGCCCCCCAGGGCGGCCGACUAACCAGCGAGCCACAGCCCCAGAGAGAAGGCUGCGGAUGCUAAUG